CCCUCUCCUGCCGCUGCUUCCACGGCAGCCACAUGACACCGACAUACAGGGAAACUAAAGGAAAGAAACAAGAAGCGUAACGAAACGAUUUCCCCGGUCACAAGCAGGACAGCAGCACGUGUUGUGCGGCUCCCGCCAGUCUUUCUCCCGCCAUCUACUUUUUCCCUCUCUAUCUCCCGCUGCUUCUCCGGCAAAUCGCCAUGCCUAAUAUCGUGCUCUUCAGCGGCAGCUCGCACCAGGAUCUGUCCCAGAAAGUGGCGGAACGGCUGGGACUGGAGCUGGGGAAAGUGGUGACUAAGAAGUUCAGUAACCAGGAGACGAGUGUGGAGAUUGGUGAGAGUGUAAGGGGAGAAGAUGUUUAUAUUAUACAAAGCGGUUGCGGUGAAAUAAAUGACAACCUGAUGGAGCUCCUGAUCAUGAUUAACGCAUGCAAAAUUGCUUCUUCGUCUCGUGUCACAGCCGUUAUUCCAUGUUUCCCUUACGCCCGGCAAGAUAAAAAAGAUAAGAGUCGUGCACCCAUAUCUGCAAAGCUAGUUGCAAACAUGCUCUCAGUUGCUGGGGCUGACCAUAUUAUCACCAUGGAUCUCCACGCAUCCCAGAUACAGGGUUUCUUUGACAUUCCCGUAGAUAACCUGUAUGCUGAACCAGCUGUGCUUCAGUGGAUUAGAGAAAAUAUCCCUGAAUGGAAGAACUCCAGCAUUGUCUCUCCUGAUGCUGGUGGUGCCAAAAGGGUGACGUCUAUUGCUGACCGGCUAAAUGUGGAAUUUGCCCUCAUCCACAAAGAAAGAAAGAAAGCUAAUGAGGUGGACAGAAUGGUGCUUGUUGGAGAUGUAAAGGAUCGUGUUGCUAUCCUAGUGGAUGACAUGGCUGAUACAUGUGGCACCGUAUGUCAUGCUGCUGAUAAAUUACUUUCUGCUGGAGCAACAAAGGUUUAUGCAAUUUUAACACAUGGCAUUUUCUCUGGUCCCGCAAUCUCUCGAAUUAAUAACGCUGCAUUUGAGGCUGUAGUGGUAACCAAUACAAUUCCCCAAGAUGAAAAAAUGAAACAGUGCUCCAAGAUUCAGGUUAUCGACAUUUCUAUGAUACUGGCAGAGGCAAUUCGAAGGACUCAUAAUGGGGAAUCUGUGUCGUACCUUUUCAGCCAUGUACCUUUAUAAACUCCCCUGCUGCGUUGCUACUCCCCUUUCCCGUGUCAUUUUUGUUUUUAAUGCUAUGUUAACCAAAAGCCAGAUAAAUGACUGUUUAACUACAGUUCAGGGUAGUCUUUUUCUCCUCCAUAGGGAAAGUACUGUCUAGCUGUAGCAAAAGAAACAGAAAAGAUAAGUAGUUUCCCAAAUCCCUGGUUUCCUAUUGGUUACACUGUUGCUAAAAAAAAACCCCUCUAUGGACUUCUGAGUAGAAUUUAUUGCUGUGUACUUGCACAAAAACUAUCACUGAAUAAAUCUUGUGGGAGAGAUAAGACACUUUGAAUGUUACUCUUAUCUAGUGAACAAGUUGGGGUGAUAGGUUCGUUAGGGAAUGAAGAGAUAAAAACCUAUUUUGUAUGCAGUAUAAACCUUACUCUCUCUCGACUGUUCUCAGACAGCGGUUUAAUAUAUCUUGUUUAUUUCUUUUAUGACUAUGAUUAGUAGCAAUUCUGCCAUACAAGUGUAAAUCUUAUUUGUUAAGCUGUGGGGGUUUUCCCGUGUUUAAAUGUGUUUUUUUUUUUUUUCCUGUCUCUGUUUUUUAUGGUUUUAAGUGGAAAUAUUUUCCAUGCUGCCUCUAUUGCCUCGCUUUUCCACACGCUGCUGACUUGCCUAUAAAUAAUGUUUGUACUUCCCCCUGAAGCAAAAUGUUUUGCUGUUAUGCAAUGGCACUAAGGUCAAUGCCACCUUAUAAUACCCAAUGCUGCUCUCCACAAAGAACACUCACUGAACUGGAUACAACAGCCUUUCACUUACCGGUAACUGUGUUCUGGCAGCAGUCUUACUCCAGUCUAGCAGUAUAUCUAUUAUCACUUCAUAUAGGCAGCUUAAACAGAUGCCUCUGCUGUUUCUUUGAGAAUAUAUUCUUUAAAUGCAUCAGUAUUGAUGACUGGGCUGAAGUUAGUUACCUACAAAGCAUAUGAAGAUGCUAACUGGAAUUACUAUGGGUUACUGCAAGUCUCUUAAGUUUGCCCAUUUAAAAAUAAACCUCUUUAAAACCAGUACAGGUAUUGGGAUCACUUAUCUGGAAUGCUUGGGACCUUGGGUUUGCUGGAUAAAGACUCUUUCCUUAACAUGGAGCACCAUUCCUUAACAUGGAGCAGCAUGCUUUAAGGCUACUAUAAAAAAAGAACAUUACUACAGGUACUACUAGGUACUCUUAUGGACAAAAAGCAAAACUGAUUUAUAAUUUGUUUGAAUUGGAUAAUAUAGGAAACAGCAUUGUCAUAUUUCAGAGCUUUUUGGAUAGCAGGUUUCCAUUUAAUAGAUCCCACCCAUGUACAAAAGUUAGUAACCCAAUCGGGCAUUACAAAAAAAACACAUAUCUUUAUCUAAUAGAUCUUUAUUUACCUUUCUAAAUACAUCAUAAAGACUUAAUUGUAGAACUGGAUUACAAACAUGUGGAAGGCUAUGACAAAAGUCUUUACCAGGUAUUCCCCCCCCCCCCCCCAAAAAAAAAUAGAUCUCGGUUGCAAUAUAUUUUAAGUACUGUUUGCUUAAAUAUCAACAAUAAAUUGUGAGAGUUCUGUGUGGACCAAUUUAUUUAAA